AUGGCUACAAAUCUGUCAAGGGCUGCUACUGUGUCAGCUUCCUCUGGAUAUCAUAGACGUAGAGGAAGCUUCACCGCAGAUUGGACAGAUACAAGUUCCUUUGCCAAACAUUCCUUCGACAAGAGAGUUUCCAGAGACGACCUUGCUCUCAUCCUCAAGAGCUCAAAGAAGGGCAACAACGUGACGGCGUUUCAUAUCCCGAUUCAUGGCCGAUUACCGUCUCCCGAACACAGCCCGCGGACAUCGUCAAUAACGAGAACGACCUGGGUGCGGACAUCAACCCCGGAUUCCGUGGAAGACGGCCCUCAGACUGGUGUGAUUGCCGUCGGUAUGGCGAUAGGAAGCCCAACACAGAUGGGAGACUUUGCGCCGGUGCAGUGGUCACCUCGGAACAUAGCCAUGAACGCAGUGAUUGCUUCACCAGAACCGAUACCAGAGGCUAUCCCAGAGCCUGUCGAGGAUACUCAGCAGAAGAGUCGGAAAUGGGGUCUCUUCCGAUCAAAAUCGAAACGAAGCACGCGCCCGACCCAGCCUCAGCGAGCCCUGACAGAUACUGGCAACGUUUCGACAAUAUCGUUGACUUCGUCUGGAAUGCCAUCUUCAACCUCAACAGACCACAGUUCACGAAGAACACCAAAGUACAAACCCAUCGUUAUAAGAUCUCAUACAGAGCCACUCACAGCCGAGCCAGCCGAGCAUGUUGAUGAAGCACCCUUGACAGCACCAACGCUGGUCGAGAGGCCCUUAUCACCGGGUAGACUAACAAAAGAAAAGCCAUCUCUUCAGCGAAAGGCGUCAAAGGAGACGAAGCUUAAAGAAUCGGCACCCGGAGGUCUGGGUCGCAAGAUGACACUAAGAGGCCUUCGAGGAGACUCCAGCAAGAAGAGAGCGGAAAAGGCAUUCGUUCCACCACCCUCUUCACCGCCCCCAAUUCCUGCGAUUCCUCGUUCGCUCCUUGACGUCGAGAUUCCUAGCAUCAAGAUGGACCGAUAUAGCGUUAUGUUCAACAGUGUACUACAGCCACCUCAAGGAUCAGCCUCUUCACUUCUUGCCCGACGACAAGCAACUUUGGAUCAUCUCAAGACAGUCAAGGAUGCAAUCACCGAGAAUCGAAAUGAUACUCAUCGACCUCGAAGGGCGACUUCUCCUCAGCCUUCACCAUCUUUUGCUCCUCAACCGGACACAUCCAAACCACUGCCUUCACCUCGAUUCAGAGCCAACACAACUCCAGCCUCAAUAGAAUCUCCCACAGCUCCCUUCUAUCAACUGGAUUCGCCUACCAUCGUGGCUCCUACCCCUAGGGUUGUUGAGGUCUCCCGGGCUGUAUCGCAACAUAACAAGUUCGCAUCGCAGGCUUCUCAUUAUCAGCCUGCUCUUGUGUCCAAGUUCAACCGACGCCCUAGUGCUCCAUCUACUGAAAAGGUCAGCGUUGCUGUCGUUGGACAGGUAUCACCGCCUGUGCCUGUGCCUGCACCUGCGCCGGUCGCUUUACCUACCGCUCGCUCCAAGUCAACUUCUCCUUUUACCCCUUCGCACAAGGCCCCAGACUCUCCCGAGCACACGGAUGACGAAGGAGAUGACCAUACAGCCAAGGGACAGUUCUCGUCCCCUUCAGGUCCUUCAGGACAAACGAUCUCGCCUCCAGCCUCCAUCACAUCUUCACUGGCAUCUCCCAAGGCACAAGCCACUGAGUCUGACCCACAGGAGGCUCUACGAAACGCCGUUGAGGUCUCCAUUGCUCGCCAGAUUAGCGUCUCGCGUCAGCAGCGCAAGAUGCUGCAUCCUCUGAAGAGCAACCCAAGCGUGAGGCACAGGACGAACGGCAGCCCUCAUGGACCGGGCUAUAUCCACAUCGAGAAAGACGAGCGCCUCGCCGAGACCAACUCCUCUACCCCGACCUUGGUACACCCCAGGGAGCUAGCUCAUUCUCCUGAUGCCUACCAAGUGCAUCGCAAGAGUGAGAUGGUCAUUCUCGAGGAAUCUUAA